AUGAGCUUCGUGGUAGUAGCGGAGGACAAGUUGGAGAAGCACUCCACGGAGAUGCUGCACAUCACAAUGAGACAGCAGGAACUCCAGAGACGGCUGUCUUUGCUCCAGCAGAUGCAGGCUUUCCUGAAGAACAAGAGCUUAGCAGGAACUGUCAGUGAGGAAGAAGAACAGGGACUAUCAGAGCUGGAAAAAAUAAAGAUAGAACUGCAGCUGCUGUCAGAGAGAGCAAAAUACAAUUACACCACAUCUUAUCUUCAAAAGAGAGUGCGUGUCCUCCCAGCUGUCCAACACAAUGUGAUGACAGGGAGCUCCGAGGUCGUAGUGGAGGUGAAGGACCUCUCCUUAUCCCCCGCUACAGUGCAUUGUCCUGCUUGCCUACAGCAGGUCACCACCGUGGUCCGCAGUAAAAUCGGCUCAACCACCUUCUUCCUGUGCUUUCUGUCUAUGUUGCUGGGUUGUGUAGGUGGAUGCUGCCUGUUGCCUUUCUGCGUGGACAACUUUAAAGACGUCUGCCACACAUGUCCGUCCUGUCACAGUGAAAUCAGCACCAUCUCUCGGAUAUGAGGCAUGCGUGCUGCUAGGGCCUCAGAUAGGAGGGAUGAACUCACCUUGAGCUUCUUUUGUCCACGCUCGGCUCUGGGAUAACACUGGGUAUUCAGUCUACUGAAUAUACAACAUUACUGGAUGUCAAUUGUCAAAAAUGAAAUAUGACAUUUAUAGGUCAGUCUUCAUCAGUCUAUGCUCUAUGUCAAAUAUCCUUUGCCAAUCUUAAGCGCAGAAACAUAUAUUGUUAGACUAAAACAAAAGCCUAAGGAAACAAAAAGUCCAGGCAUUACAUUGUGCCCCGACACCUGCUAAUUGGAUGUUAUAUAACAGACACAUACUAAACCUACACCGUGACUUGCUGAUUGUUAGUUCAGAAUGGUUCAUAACCACACCUAUGCUUCUGACUUAGAGGUCACUAAAAUUUACUUUAAAAAGAGAAGGGGGUGCUUUUGUGUGGCAUGGGUUUUAAUAACAUGGCAAAGUAUGCAAGUCUAAGAAAAUAAGCAAAUAAAUUGUAUAAUAAAGGGUUUGUUCUGUUUGUUGACUUUACAGUCUAUG